GCGUUUCGCCGCGUAAGUGGUGAAUUGCCGGCGGCAUCCCUGGUCCUAUAAAAGGCCUCCUCGUAGCUACAAAUCUCAGUUUUAUAUAUAAAAUUACAUAUACAUGCAUAUCGCUCCUAAAAUCACCGUUAAAUAAACCAUUCACCUAACACAUACAUAUAUCUAUGGCUGCGGCUAGCAGUUCCAAACCACCCAUCUCUGUUCGAUUAUGGCAGCCACCGGAAACAUGGUCGUCAUCAGUGUCACGUGUCCCCACGUGCUACCGCUUCUGGAAUCCGGGUUCAACAACGGGCAGCAGGUUGGGGUUGGGGUACAUGCUGGAGAAGAGGAAAAAGAAGGCAGAGUGGUUUGUGAGAGGGUGCGGUUGUGGAGAGGGAAGAAGAAGAGAGGAGAAAGAAGAAGAAGUAGGAGACGAACAGUUCGUGAAGGUUCUCCGUGAAGCACAGCCUUACAUAUCUGUUCAUAGGGACAGCGUCUUCGUUCUUGUCAUUUCCGCAGAAAUUGUUGAUAGUCCAUACUUGGACCCCAUUCUCAAGGAUAUAGCUUUUCUUCAUCACCUUGGAAUCCGGUUUGUUCUUGUACCAGGGACCCAUGCUCAAAUUGAUCAGCUUUUGUAUGAGAGAGGGAGUGAGCCUAAGUACGUUGGUAGGUAUAGAAUAACUGAUGAUGAAUCUCUAGCUGCUGCAAUGGAGGCGGCUGGGAAAAUAAGGCUGCUGUUAGAAGCAAAGCUUUCACCUGGACCCGCCAUCUGCAAUAUCCGCAGGCAUGGUGACAAUAGUCGUUGGCACGAAGUUGGUGUCAGUGUUGCCAGUGGUAACUUUCUUGCAGCCAAGAGAAGAGGGGUUGUCAAUGGAAUUGAUUUUGGGGCAACCGGGGAAGUUAAAAAGGUAGAUGCAUCUCGAAUGCGUGAGAGGCUUGAUGGUGGUUGUGUUGUUAUUUUAAGCAACUUGGGCUACUCCAGCUCUGGAGAAGUACUAAAUUGCAACACCUACGAAGUUGCAACAGCUUGUGCCUUGGCUAUUGGAGCAGACAAGCUAAUAUGCAUUAUAGAUGGUCCAAUACUCGAUGAGAGUGGACGCCUAAUUCGUUUCUUGCCUGUUCAAGAAGCAGACAUGUUAAUUCGUAAACGGGCAGAGCAAAGUGAAAUAGCUGCUAACUAUGUGAAAGCUGUUGACGUUGAAGGUUUCAACUCUUUCGAGCAUAGCAAUAUUAAUGGGACAGCCCAAUCUUCAACCAAUGGCAAACCUUUUACUGGGUUGAAUAAUGCAACCUUUCAUAAUGGUGUUGGUUUUGACAAUGGAAAUGGUCUAGGGUUUGGGGAGCAAGGUUUUGCUAUUGGAGGUCAAGAGCGACUUAGUCGAAUGAAUGGUUACCUGUCAGAAUUGGCUGCUGCAGCUUUUGUUUGCAGAGGUGGUGUUCAAAGAGUUCACUUGUUGGAUGGCACUAUUGGUGGAGUUUUGUUGUUGGAAUUGUUUAAAAGAGAUGGCAUGGGAACAAUGGUAGCUAGUUGCAAUAUACUAUCUGCAUCAGCGCGGCAGAUUAUUCGUGAUGUUUUACUUGAAAGACGUUUUUCAUUUUCCUAUCCGUCAUUUACAAUUUGCAGUGACCUAUACGAAGGCACUCGGAUGGCACAGAUAACGGAUCUUGCUGGAAUAAAACAAAUCAUUCAGCCUUUGGAGGCAUCUGGCAUAUUAGUGAAGCGGACUGAUGAAGAGCUACUAAAAGCGCUGGAUUCCUUCGUUGUCGUUGAAAGAGAAGGUCAAAUAAUUGCUUGUGCUGCACUUUUUCCUUACUUUGAGGAGAAGUGUGGCGAGGUUGCAGCUAUUGCAGUAUCUCCUGAUUGUCGAGGCCAAGGACAAGGAGACAAAGUGCUUGAUUAUAUCGAGAAGAAAGCAUCAUCGCUUGGAUUGAAUAAGCUUUUCCUACUUACUACUCGGACGGCAGAUUGGUUUGUGAGGCGUGGAUUUUCAGAGUGUUCAAUCGAUGCUAUUCCCGAAAGGCGAAGGAAAAUGAUCAAUCUGUCUCGCAAUUCCAAGUAUUAUAUGAAGAAGCUUCUACCAAAUACAAGCGGAAUAACUGUAGGAAAAAUUACUGCAAAUUAGCCCACUUUCUUUUCCUGCAAGAUGUUAGGCACUUACUAGAUAAUAAUAAUUAGUAAUAAUCUAUAUCGUAUGGUAGAUGGAAAUUCAGUAUAUGUAACAGGUCUUCUCCAUGUAUCCCUUAGUUUUCCAUUGAUAUUCACUGUUAGUAUUUAAUAUUUAAUUAUUUAUAUUCAAUAACCCUAAUUUAGCCUUAAAUCCCGUAUUACCCA